AUGGCGGCAGCAGCUUUACCAACCAAUGAUGAUUAUGAAGGUGACUAUGACUUUGAUGACGAUUUCGACGAAGAUGAAGAUUGUGAUUGCAGCUCACAAACAAUUUUCAAUGAUACAAUUGAUUAUUCUCAUCGAAAUAUUUCCAAACUUGAUGUAAACGAUUUAUUUAAUUCAAUUAAAAAUCCAAAUCGUAUAAAAAAUUUUCAAUUAAAUUCUAAUAUGUUAUUAAGCAUUCCAACGGAAAUUGAACAUUUUCAAUCAUUAAUUACAAUUGAAUUAUCAAAUAAUCAAUUGGUUCAAUUACCAUCUGAAAUAUCUUUAUUAAGAAAUUUAAAAAAUUUAUAUUUAAAAAAUAAUGUCCUUGAUGAUUUUUCAUUACCCAAAGAGCUUGAACAAUUAAAACAAUUAGAAGUUAUCAAUUUAGGUGGAAAUCGUCUUAAACAAUUUCCUUAUCAAUUAUUUCAAAUGCCCAGUUUAAAAGAAAUUUAUUUAGGUUCAAAUCAAAUAGCAUUUCUACCUGAUUUAUUUCAUACAUUAGUCAAAGUUGAAGUUCUUUAUUUGGGUGGUAAUCAGAUUGGUAAUGUACCAGAUUCAAUUGGGUAUAUGCGUUCGUUGAUUGUUUUAAAUUUAAGUGGAAAUCGUUUACGUACAUUACCACGCUCGAUUUCUCUUUUAACUCGUUUAAAAUCACUUUCAUUACAUAACAAUCAAUUUAGUGCUUUGCCGCCAGAUAUUAUACGUCUUGAUUUACAAGAAUUAAGUCUAAGAAAUAACCCACUUGUUGUACGUUUUGUCCGAGAUUUAACAUAUGAUGUACCAACAUUAAAAGAAUUAGCCGGUAGAACAAUAAAAUUUCAUAAAAUACCUUAUAAUGAUAGAUCAAUACCACGAAAUCUUGUUGAAUAUUUAAAUUCAGCUAAAUCAUGUUUAAAUCCAAAAUGCAAAGGUGUUUAUUUUGAAAGCUAUCAUAAAAAUAUUAAAUUCGUGGAUUUUUGUGGUAAAUUCUAUUUACCUUUACUUCAAUUUUUAUGUACACCUGCAUGUACAUCAGCGCCAACAUUUCAAAUGACAUCAUCCGAUUCUGAUGAUACAGAGAAUAUACCAUCAAAAGAUAUGACUAAUAAAUUUAAAAAAGUGCUACUUGGUUAA